AUGCCACGUACAUGGUCAUCUACUGAAGCUGACCAAUUUUGGUCACUGCGGAAAAUGAGUUGUGUCUUAAGAGACACGUUUCAAGUAGGAACACCGGAAGGAGAAGAAGGUGAAUUAACUGAACGACACAACAGGGAUGAAGAACAGCGUGUACAAUUUCAAACGGAAUAUGCCGAUUAUUUGUCUAGAGAGACGACUGAAAAUGCUGAACGCAGCAUAACCAUAGCCAAUGAUUUACAUUUCUGGGCAGUAUACAGAUCAUGGACUUUUUGCCAAGAUUGUGGCAGUAUUGAUAAGAUUAAAUUGAUGCCUAGUUUUGAAAGCAAAUUGCCUGUAAAAUGGAAUAAGAAUUGUCAUUGUAAAGACGUCAGAUACAUAGUCCCGUGCAUUGAGAACAUUCCAGAAUGCUUGAAAAAUCUAACAUAUGCAGAUAUUAUAACUUUGAGACCUGUACAAAUGCAUGUUGGUGACUACAAACGUUUGCAGCACGGUUAUCGACAGAAAACUAACAUGUGCAGAGUGACAUGGUCGAACUUGUCACCAGAAGAAAAAAUAUCUGAAAUAAGUGAAGACGAUCUUCGCACAAAAUUAUAUAAUGUGUAUAAUUUUUUAAUGUCGUAUAAAGAAAGCGCAUAUGCUUCUUUUGUAAAGAAGCGAUACAGGUCUAUAUCAACAGAGAAAAAAUUGAAUAUGUACAUAUCAGAAAAUUCCGAAGGAAUUGAAUGUGCACUUUGGCCACAUCUUUAUCCGAAACGGUCGUGGUGUGAAACCUUGAUAAAGGGUAACACAUCACGUCUCAGUUUGAAAGUUGCAUUUUUUAUUAAAGUCUUCUCUAGUAUAGUUGACUAUGCAAUGGACUAUGAAUUACUUCAAUUCCAUUACGACUUGUGGUUAUUUAAAACUGUGAGUGGGGCCAUAUCUACCGCGAGAAAGCUGCAUUGCUCACCUGCUAGGGCUUUGAAUGCCAAGACAUUCUCUCCCGGCUAUUGGAAAAUGCAACACCGACUUUUACAAGAUGCUGUUGAUCAGCAUGGUUAUCCUUCUUUAUUCCUUACAAUUUCACCAUAUGAGUGGACAUUUCCAAUGGCCCACUGGAUUAACAAUAUAGCAAAUGCGUCUGGCAAAGGGCCAACUCAUUUGCCUGCAUAUGAAACUAUACAUAUUGCGCACGUAUUGGAACAAAUGUUACGUGGAUACCUGUGCGGUUCAAACACAAACAAAUGGAGCAAGCACAUCUUCAAUUAUAACAACAUCAAAAACUUCUCUAAUGUGAAAACGUAUUUUUAUCGUUUCGAAUUCCAGCAACGAGGAACAGUUCACGUGCACUUACUUGUGUGGUUAAAAAACGUGAAAAACAUACAACACAAUCUCAUCAGGGCAGAUAUACCUUGGGAAAACCCAGAAUUAGCAUUCCUUGUUUACAAGCUGCAACGGUCUGACAAAGAUGCUCUUGCGUGCAAUGAAACUGCGACAAAAUUUGUUAACAUAAAUGGGAACGACGUUCUACAACUUUACCACCCACAAGAGGCAUUUGCUAUAAACUUGCGCUGUUAUCUUUCCUCAGUUGUUCCCGCUCUUCGUUGUCGUAUGGAUUUACAAUUUAGCGAUGGAAACGAUAUGUUACUGCGGUAUGUUUCGUCAUACGUUUCCAAAACCAGCGAUGCUUAUUCAAACGAAAAAUUAUUUGUCAGAUCUACUUCGCCAUACCAGGCUGCCUACAGACAUAUAAAAGAGAUGAACGUGUGCGAGCCGGAAAUGUGGCUUUAUAUGUCAUCAGUGAAACUUUCUUGGACAAACAGUAGAACAAAGGAGUACUGUCCACCUUUAAGUGAAGAAAUGUGCGACAACUCGAUACACAAGAAAUACUUGAAACGUCCUAAGAACGCUGAACACCUUUCUUUCUUGCAAUGGCUUCGCAAUUACCAACACACAUGUGUUAAUCCAAAGCCAUAUAAAGGUGGGAAUACACUUGUUUCCAUUCGCUAUGCAAGUCCUUUUCGUGACGAAUUCUUUUUCCAGGAUUUGUUAAUGAAUUGUCCACAUACAUCACUAUCAGACUUGUUUAUUCCAAACUACGAACAAUUGCCGGAACAAUUUCGUUAUUUCUCUUGCGCUGUCAUUAAUCGCGUUUCCGAAUGGGGAGAUUUGAAUUCUGCUAGAGUACAUUUUGAAAGACUCGGGCACAGAGAUUACUACAUUAACAAUUUGUUGUCUCACAUUGCAAGCCUACACGCUAUGCUCAAACUAUGGGACAGAGCGGUACUUAACCGAAGCAAUUUUAUUCCAAAUAUUAAUCCAGUAAGCAUACACAAACUUGAUCAACACCAGACAGCCAUAUUUCAGCAGAUUGUCCAAGCUAUGACAAACCGCAAUGAACACUAUUCUUCUAUUGACGAUUUCGGAGAUGUAAGUGACGACGAAGACAUAGAUCUAUUUGCACAAAGCAGUGAUGCACCUGAACAGCAGACAAAGUUAGAGUGUAUUCCAUUUACUGUUGUUGAUUGGAAAAAGUUUCUUUUAAUAACUGGUGAAGCGGGAACAGGAAAAUCUCAAAUAAUUUUUCGAAGUAUCGAAUGGGCUCUCGAGAACGAUCUAAAAGUUCUGAUUGCUACACCUACAGCAUUAUUGGCAAUAAGGUAUGAAAACAGCUUUGGUGAAGACGUCUCAUCAGAGACGAUACACUCAACAUUUUCCUACCCCGUAGAUGCAAACAAAAAGCCAACAAUAAACUGGAAUUUAUCGUGUUAUGACUUUAUAUUCGUGGACGAGGUAUCCAUGAUUACCCGCCGCAUAUUGCAACAUGUUGUAGCAACUAUAUCGCAAGUUGCCAUACGCCCGGUCGUAGUUAUGUGUGGUGAUUGUCAGCAACAACAACCCAUAGAGACUGUAGAAGGUGUUACAUGCACAACCCCAUCCGCUCUUUUAGAUAAAACAUUUUACCACUUGGUGCACCAUUAUAAGUUGACCGUUCAAUAUAGAGUUGUUGAUCCUCACUACAAUUCUUUCUUGCAACAUAUCCGUUAUUGGCAACCUACACAACGUCUUCUUGAUUACAUUCAAAACGGACGUAUUUUGUGUGAAAAUGAUUACCCAAGUGAUGAAGAAAUUAUGAACGCAGUUAGCGGACAUGCUGACGCAACUGUACUAACUAUAUCUAGGAAAGCAGCUAUGAAAGUAAACGCAAUUGUCACUGCCUAUCUUUUUUCUGAAACAAAUCCUUUAGCUUCGGUUCAAUGUGAUGACAAUCAAGGACCUAUUCCAAUUUACCGUGGUAUGCGACUUAUGAUUACUCAAAAUCGAGACAAACGUCAUGGCGUUGUAAAUGGUCAGGAAGGAACAAUUUUUUUAAUGGAAAAUAAAACAAUUUUCAUAAAAUUGAGAAACGAAGGUGUAGUAGCUGUGUAUUUGAUUACGUACAUUCAUCCGGAGAGAGGCAAAACAACUUGUUAUCCCUUCGUACCAUCCUAUGCACUUACUAUGACAAAGUCCCAAGGGCAAAAUUUGAAAAAGAUACUCCUCUGGUUUGAUUCACCAAAGUGUGCACCAGGAUGUGCAUACAUGGCUUUGUCGAGGGUGAGCAAAGCCGAAGAUCUAUACUUGUUAACAGCAAUGAAAAGAGCUCAAGUAAUACCAGUAACAAGUGAGAAUAUGAUGCACAUUGAAAAUUAA